AAGAGAGUCAUUGCCAAGUCCGUCCUCCGUCUCCCCUAUCUUGAGCUCAGUCCGGGGAGCCUUUUGCAAGCAGAGCACCCCGCACCCGGCAGGCUGAGGGAGUCGCCCCCUCCCCUGAAACACACGGAAGACCCGCGAAGGCUCUGCCGCGGGGACCAGGAGCGCUCACCGACCGCACGUGGCCGCGGGGAGUCCGAGUGCAGAUGGCCUCCCGCCGCGCGGUGGGGCGCGCCGCGGCCGCCCCGGAGGCACAGCUGGGAGCCGGGCCCCGGCCCUGGGCCCCCGGCACCCUGAUCCUUGUCCUGUCACUUUUCCUGGUGCUGAUCCAAGUUGCCUCAUGCCCAAUCACAGAGCCAGACAGAAUUCACCAGCAACCAGCUGCCCCACAAGGAUUGCAUGCCAGCCUCCCAGAGGAGUGUCCGCCAGGAUUCUAUCUGUCAGAACAGAGCAGAGAGUAUACACCAUGCACUGAAAAAGAGGAUUCCACCCGUUGUCCCAACCGCCACUCUUCUUGCCACCCCUGCUCUAACUGCCCUGCAGAUAAAGUACAAAUAGCUGCAUGCACCAGGACGAAUGACACCCAGUGUCAGUGCAAGAAGGGCUUUUACCAGGAUAAGGAUUCUCCUGAGUACUGCCAACCGUGCAGCCCAAGGUGCCCUGAUGGCAAGGUCAAGGUCAGGGACUGUGGCCCAACCAACGACCUCGAGUGUGUGGACCAAAAAUCAGGUAUCCAGGACCAUAGGGAGGCCCCAGUUCCUGGAGAGCCAGUGACCACCAGCCUGGAGGCGCCCACUGCUCCCUCUCUCUCCUCAGGCACACCAUGGUGGGUGAUCAUGCUUGCCUGCAUCUUUGGGAUUGGAGGCCCUCCCCUGCUGGGCACAUUUCUAUAUUGGUACUACAGGAGCCGUAACCUUCCAUGUUCUGGAGUGGCCACCAAGAGCAGGAGCAGAGUGAGUGGGUUUCUCCAGGACCUGUGUCGUCAGGUGGGCCGGUUUGGUGGCUUACGAACCCCAGGAGAGGCUGAGGCUCUGGACAAUGCCCGCAACCUGGCCAGGAGCGACAGAGACUCAUUGUCCUCUGAGCAGGAACAGGAAGAGCUGGCAGGUGUCCUGGUGCAGCCCGCAGGAAAAGCACAGCUUCUACUGAGAGAGGAAGGGAGAGGUAUAGACAGAAAUAUCAAUGAUGAGAGAAACAUUGAUAGGUUGCCUCUUGCAUGCCCUUUAGUGGGAAUCGAGUUCACAACCCCGGGCAUGUGCCCUGACCAGGAAUACAUCACGUGAUCUCUUGGUUCAUGGAUCAGCGCUCAACCGCUGAGCCACACCAGCCCGGCUACAGUAUGCUCUUUUAAGAUAAAGUAUAAAAGGAAACAAACCAAAAAGGACAAUAAUCCCUCGAUCGUGAUUAAUCACUUUUCACAUUUUUUAAAGUAGUGCUUAUCCACAAUGAGAAAAAGUAAAUAGUACAGAAAGGUUCUCAGGGAGUGGUAGAAGCCUCCUGCAGUCUUUCUUCAGCCCCCCCCCCCCCACUUUUUUAUUUCAGGUAAUUAUGAGAGACAAUUCUUUUUUAAAAAUGAUUUUAUUUUAUUUUUAAACUUUUAUUAUUUUUUUUAAUUUAAAUUUUUUAUUGUUUAAAGUACUGCAUAUGUCUCCUUUUCCCCCCAUUGACGUCUCCCUGGACAUUCCCAUCCCCGACUCAUGCCCUCACCACCCCUCCUACUGUCUGUGUCCAUGGGUCAUGCUUAUAUGCAUGCAUACAAGUCCUUUGGUUGAUCUCCUAACCCUCCUCCCCCCCUCCCUCUGAAGCUGGACGGUCUGUUUGAGCUUCUAAGUCUCUGGAUUUAUUUUUGUCCAUCAGCUUAUGUUGUUCAUUAUAUUCCACAAAUGAGUGAGAUCAUGUGAUAUUUAUCUUUCUCCAACUGGCGAAGAGAAUUCUUUGCUGAAAUCUUUGUGCAUAUGCCAUCUACAUACAAUACUCUACCAAAUGAAACUUUUUAAUAUCUGAGAGUGCACAUACCUUGCCAAAAUAUAUUAUUUCUAUGCAUAUAAAAUUUAGAAUUAUUUAUAAGAUUUUUUCCACCCCACCUCCACAAAAGUCAUUGGAACAUUUUUUAAAUAUAUUACCUUACCUUAAUCCAAGAAGAAUUGAGAUCUUUCAACAUUCAAUAUUUUUCUUAUCAAGGAAGAUAUCAGAUCAGGAGUUUUAUUAUGACUCAGUUAAGAUUUGUGUUUUUCUUCCGAUUAAUUCCUGUUUCUACUAAAAGUUGUUUCUUUGUAUUUUAUGUGUUUUGCGACCCUUACUGGUUGGAUCCUGUUGUAAUUCUGUUUUCUAAUUUAUUGUUUCUAGUAUGUUUAUUAACAUUCACCAAGAUAUGCAUUUAUUUAUUUAUUUAUUUAUUUAUUUAUUUAUUUAUUUAUUUAUAUUUCAGAGAGGAAGGGAGAGGGAGGGAUAGAAACAUCAAUGAUGAGAGAGAAUCAUUGAUCGGCUGCCUCCUGGAAGCCCUCCAUUGGGGAUUGAGCCUGCAAUCCGGGCAUGUGUUAUGACUGGGCAUCGAACUGUGACUUCCUGGUUCAUAGGUCGAUGCUCAACCAAUGAGCCACGCCAGCGGGACAUAUUUAUUUUUAAGUAUUGUAGCUUAUACCUUAGGGUUUUAAAAAUUUAUAAUCAUGUCUAAAAUAAUGUUUGUUUCUGCCCUUUCCACAAGUCCUGCCUCCUUUGUUUCCAGAACUGACAAUGUUCACAGGUGCUUAGAGAAGGCGCGCGUUCCAUCUUGACUGGAUUUCAUUGGGAAGGCCUUCAAUACUUCACCUAAAGGAAUGAUGCCGACUCUUGUUUUCAUAUAGAAAAUCUUAUCAUUAUGGAUGCAGCCCCUAUUUUUGAGGUGUUUUUAAAAAAUCAGAAUUCAUGUUUAAUUUUACAAAAUGCCUUUUCAGUCUCCAUGGAGACAAUCUAAUAGUUUCAUUUCCUUAUUUAGGUUAUCAGUGUGGUACAGUAAUAGUGAUCACUGCACCUCCAGCUUUGUGGAAGAAAUCUUACUUAGAUUUUGCAAAGUGCCCUCAUAUAUAGCCUUUAUUUGAGUCCCAUACAUGCCUGGGAGGGAGUGAUUGUCUCCUGAUGGGGUGGGUGGGAAUGGACUAGAAAGGGCAGGAGGCAGCUGUGCAGGGCGGUGAGAAUGUUCCAUGUCUUGAUUAGGUGAUGGCUACUCAGGUGUGUCCAGUUGUCAGUGCUGGAACUGACAGGGAGUGAGCAUUACUCUAGGAAGCAUGGGCCUCCAUGAGCACACAAGGACACAGCCUGAGAGGCACAGCAGGGAGGUUCCUCUUUGUCUCGAUGGAGACUGGGAGGGAGGUGGCUGCCCCAGGUCACACAGCUGGCUGAUGGUCAGGCUCACUUCUGGAAUCCAGGACUCCCGACUUGAACCCAGGGGGUU